GAUUUUUUUUUAUCUUUGCGUCUUAGGCCUGCCAGCUGUACGACCAACAGACCGGCCCGUUGACUUGCCGGCCGAAGCUUAGCUCGCGUCUUUAACUCGAGAAUUUUUGAACGGCCGUGUUGCGACACGGCGACGUUCGGAUCAGCAUUCAACGACAUCAUACACCACCACGGCCCGGUCCAACGAUCCCACGACGUUCGCAAACCCGUGACCCCAAGAGUUUUAGACGAAAUCAGCGAGAAUCAUCACGGUCAAAUCGAUUCUUGACACCUGCGGUUGUGGUGCAGGGCAUCGCGUCCAGGUGCCAGCAGAUUUUCAAGCUUGACCCCGUUUCUUUGCGAGCCUCGACUUGCCGCACAACGUACAAGAUGGCAGCAACCAUGGCUACACAGCAACUGAGGCUGCAACUGCCUCGGUUGUCUUUCCUAUCCUCUAGCAACUUUGCGACCACAUAUAUGCGACAACUAUCAUUGCCACUGUUUCCGUCCGUAAAAUUUGCCCUCCCAGCCAUCAGCCUUGGCCUUCCAUCCAUACCGUCGAUCCCUGCACUCCUUGGCGAAAUAUGGGAAGGCAUUCUGAGGGCAGUGCCAAAAAAGAAGACGUCUCACAUGAAGAAGAGGCAUCGACAAAUGGCCGGCAAGGCCUUGAAGGACCAAACCGCCAUCUGCAAAUGCCCUGCAUGCGGAGGUCUGAAGAGGAUGCAUUACCUGUGUCCCUUCUGCACGGAGAAGAUUAAGAAGGCGCUGAAGGACUCAGUGGAGGACCACACCGAGCCGAGGUAGUUUUGUCUUGGAGAUGAUAUCCAACACUUCACUCGCCAAAAUGCAAGCGACACUCCCGAUAUCCUGCUAUUUGCCUGGCACGAAUCAUGUCGGCGAGCGUCAGGAUCUACCUGUAGUGUGCACGCUGCAAGACUGUAUGAUAUUGUACCAACCUGCUGUACAUUUAUGGGUUGCGGAAAGGCUAGGCUUGGUUUGUUUUCCAAAAUGAAAGCGAAAAACAUUCAAGUAGAAAUAUGUUCUUUUGAUCAAUCAAUUUGUCCCCGAGAGAUUCCCCCUAGCUUCCUUAUGUUUGAUUCUAUUUAGCGGCCGCUAGUGUCACGCGUAUUGCUCAGACACGACAGUGC